AUGUUGCCCGUGGCUCUGUGCAGCUUCUCGCUGCUGCUACCCCUGACACCGCCACCGCAACGCGGCGUGCGGAGCGCGGCGCCUCGUCUGCUGGCCGGCGGCAGCGGCGAAAAUAGCGACGACGGCAGUAGCGGCGGCAGCGGCGGCGAGGGUGGCGAGAGCGGCGGAGACGGUUGGGACAUGUCGCUGCUGCAGCAGAGGAUGCAGCAGCAGCAGAUGGAGGAGAUGAUGACCGCCGCCUCCAACUGGCGCACCGGCACGUGCGAGCAGAAGACGCUGCUGGUGCUCGACGACUGGGUGCGCCGGCUGCAGUGCGAGAAUGGGCUGGUCGCUUGCGGUACCCACAGCGGCACGGUGAUCCUCGCGGACGUCGCCUCUGGCGAGGUGCUCCGGCAGUGGGACCCGCUCCUAAACGAGGAGGAGGAGGAGGAGGAGGAGGAGGAGGAGGAGGCGGCGGCGGCGGCGGCAGAGGCGGCGGCAGACGUGGAGGAGGAGGAGGAGGAGGAGGAGGAGGAGGAGGAGGAGGAGGAGGAGCUGGGGGUGGUGUACGAGGAGGAGGCGGAGGCGGACGACGGCGACGGCACCAGCGAGGUGACCGCGCUCGCAUUCGACGGCGACCACGUGGCGUCUGGACACGCGAGCCUUCUAGGCGCCGUCUUCCUGCGCAACACGAGCCGGACGCUGAUGCGAGCGAGCCACGAGGGCGUGGUCACGGGUGUGCACUGGGAGGGCGGCGCGACGGCCUUCUCCGCGUCGGCAGACCGAAGGCUCGCCCAGUGGGACGUCUGCGUCUGCUCUCUCUCGCCGCUCCGGCUGCUCUUCUCCUUCAAGGCGCACGACUCGCCCGUCUCCGCCGUGCGUCUUGUCACCGUCUCACAGCUCGUCACCUCGUGCGCCGGUGGCGGCGUCGCGCUCUGGCGCCUCGACGAGGAGGAGGGCUCCGAGCGGCGGCUGACCCGCUUCGACGGCCACACGGCGCCCGUGGUCUGCGUCGACGGCGACGCGGAGAAGGUCGUCUCGGGAGCUCGAGACGGGACCGUGCGCGUGUGGGACAUCUCCCUCGGCCGGCUGCGCUUCAUGCUGCAGGGCUUCACGCCGUACAUCGGGUCCGUCCAGCUGUCGUCCUCGUGGCUGAUGGCGGACGGCACCAACAACGCGGUCGUCAUGAUGGACUUUAGCAACGGCGAGCCGGCGGAGGAGGAGGACGACGACGACGAGGACGGCGACGAGGAGGAGGAGGAGGAGUGACCAAAGGUGCGUGAGUGAGUGAAUGAAUGCGACCCAAUAAAAUUCCUCCUCGCUGUCCAAUUUGGCCGUGGAAAAAAGUCGACAGAGUUAA